AUGAUUAACCACUGUUUUGAUAGAUCAGAGUUCCCUUGCAGAUUCAAGGAGGCACAGGAUGUUCCUGUUUUUAAGAAAAAAAAUAUUUUAGAUACUCAAAACUACCAACCAGUCAGCAUUUUACCUUGUACAUCGAAAACCUUUGAAAGAACCAUGUGUGAUCAACUGACUGCCUUUUUUAGUAAUGCUUUUCAUCCUUUCCUUGCAGCCUUCCGACUAGGAUUUGGGUGUCAAUCCACCCUGUUGCGACUUGUUGAGGAUUGGUGUAGAGCCCUGGACAACCAUGAGUUUGUAGCUGCCCUACUGAUGGACCACUCCAAGGCUUUUGACUGUCUUCCUCAUAAUUUGUUGGUCGGGAAGCUAGAGGCCUAUGGCCUGAGCAAAGCCUCAGUUAACCUGGUGUCCAGCUACCAGAGCAGCAGGAAGCAGCAGGCUCCAAAUGAGGUGCUUGGCUGGAAGUGCUGA